GCGACUUGCUUAGUUUCUUCCACACAAUCUAGCAGAUUGGAAGCAGCCAUGGACGACAAAAGUCACGAAAACGGCGAACCUCAGAAUAUAUGGUGAGCUGACUAUAUGACAACGGAGUGUGUGAAGUGUUAUUAUCUAGUCUCUAAAUUGUCUGUUGUUGCUUGCUGAAAAGACCUUUCCGGCAAGUCAAGACCAGAUACAGUUCAGUUUCAUACAGAAAAAAAAAGCUAAUAAUGUGGAGAAGUGUCGUUCAACGCUGGGGCGUACUUGUCAAUGUGUGGUGUGAUACGCCGUGAAUAGGCUGAUUACGACGGUUCUUAAUCAUCGAUCUAAGCUUGAUCAUCGCUAAGGCCUGUCAAACUGCCGAACCCAUCAUAUAACUUAUCCACGCCGGCCACAAACAUCAAAAUAGAUUAUUGGAAGCAGUUAAAAACUGGCAGGUUGUACCCGGCUGAGCAGGUCUUCCAUUCUAAAGCAGGUGCAAAGCAGUCAACCCAACAAACUUCCCUCACAGAAGAGUUUACUCGUUCUCGGUGACAAUGAAGUUGGUAAAACGACUCUCAUGGGAAAAUUGGCGGGGUCGACAACGGAUGAAUCUAGAAAAGGCUCUGGUCUCGAAUAUCAUCAUUUACUGAUCAAAGAUGACUACACUGAAGACACAACGCGGCUGGGUGUGUGGGUAUUGGAUGGCGACCCUUGGCACCGUAAUCUGUUACGGUUUGCUCUUAACGAAGAGAAUCCUUCAAUGCAGGAUACCAUGGUUGUUCUCACAGCGUCUAUGGCCGUUCCUUGGAGCAUCGCUUCUUCGCUUGAAGCGUGGGCCAAUCUCCUUGAAGAGCACAUUUCCAGACUCAAACUCAACCCCGAGUAUGUAGAGGCGUGUAAAAAACGUAUCCUCAGACGUUUCCAGGAAUAUACGGAUCCUGGAGACGAAGUGUCAAAUGGAGGGGGCGAUACUAGUCCUAUGCGACGUUCAUCUACCGCUCAAACCUUUUUAAGUGAAUCAAUUCACGAGCGAGACGAACGGGAAUUUCUGCCCCUAGGAGAGGAGACGUUUACCCACAAUGUUGGCCUUGAUAUGGUUGUCGUUAUUACAAAGACGGACACAAUGCCCUUGUUGGAGAAGGAACAUGAAUAUCGUGAUGAGCAUUUCGAUUUCAUUCAACAGUGGGUUCGACGUUUCUGUCUCCGAUAUGGAGCAGCCCUGGUCUACACUUCAGCCAAAGAAGCAAACAAUUGUGACCUUCUAUUUAAGUACAUUUCGCAUCGUAUGUAUGGGGUACCGCACAAAUUCGUCACCCCUGGUCUUGUAGUUGAAAAGGAGAGCGUAUUUAUACCCUCUGGGUGGGAUAGUGAAAACAAAAUUGCAAUAUUAUAUGAGAAUAUAAAAUCUGCAAAUCCCGACGACAGCUUCUCUGAAGUAAUUAUGAAGCCUCUCGUUCGAAAGCCAAAACUAAAGCUGAGCCAACGUCCCAUUUCGCGGGAGCCUGAGGUAUCCGCCGAUGAAGAUCAGCGAUUUCUCGAUCGGCUCAACGUCGCGCUACAACAGAUGCCCUCGAAUAAUACCACUACAAAAACGACCCCGCUGAAGUCGGACCGAAGGUCAUCCACCGGGCCCACGGGGAUCACCGGUUCCGGCAAGAAGGACGACCUGCCACUCUCUCUAAAGAACCUGCCGCAGGUGGAACCUGGCAAGGGUAUCUCAAUGUCGGGCAACGAGGGCGUCCUUCACAACUUCUUCAGCAGUCUUCUCAACAAGAAGUCUGGACCGCCAGCAACGUCGGCGUCAUCUGUGCUUAGGACUCCGGAUAAGCAGAGCAAACCAGAUGCAGCCUCUGAGUUGGAUCGGCUAACGCGCUCGCUAUCAAGGCCCACGGCGGGCAUCAAUGGUUCGCUUUCCGAGGGAACGGGAAGCAACGCCUUGUCUUUGGAUCAUCCGAGUUCCACACCACCUAUGCAGCAUUCAGCAGCAACAGCGCACUCCUCAGAUUCGUAGGACUCACUGGUAACCUUUUACCGGCGCCUCCCGAGAGUGCUACCUGUUUAUAAACUGUUAACCGCCAUUCUCAGCAACGCCAUCAGUUAGUGCAGUUAUAAUUAUGUGACCUUAUUCCGAUACUUGUUUAAUUAGAGACUGCGCAUGUUAAACAAACAACCGAGGUAUCAGUAAAUAUGAGGGCUUUCGUAACGACAUCAGAAGUAAAGGCUCUUCGAAUCCUACCUGCACCAGCUGGGAAAAGAAGUGUAACAGUGGGCAGACGUAUCAAUCGCCAAAAAGUCGCCCUUUUAGGUGACGAUAGCCUGUUUUGAUAUUUGAUAUUUUAGUGCCUCUAUAGCUGUUGUUGCCUUUGAAAAUACAAGCUUGAAGAACUUUUUUUGUCACUUGUGACCUGGUCGUGUUUAAAGGAACAGGAACAGGUAUCUAGAAGCAACAGCAACACCAACAAUGAACCCUUAUCGCAACCGCCUCCGUCAACAACCUCAAAUAGGAUACUAUCCAUUGAAUCACGACGAAGUUUCCCGGAGCUAGUGACUUGGUUAAGAAGUGUUUCAUGUGAAAUUUGUUGCGUUGGUAGUAGUAACAGGCCCAACAAGGGCAAAGCAAGCAGGCCAAAGCAAGAAACAAACUGACAGUUGGGUCAUGAUAAUUUUUGAGUGAUCCCGCGGUUUGAAGGGAGGGAUUGUUACGCUUGCCACUGUUAGAGCCUUGCUGAACUGUGAAAGUGAUAACUGACGACUCGGCGAUGGGAGAAUUGCCGUUGCCUUUGUCAUAUUUUACGGAGAAAAAAUUAUGCAAGUGAAAAAAGGGCUCAUCGAGCAGUUCCAAUCUCGAAUAUGCGCGACUAGGAAAAAAUGUACACAAUCCGCCAGAAUUUCGUUUAGUGAAAGUAAGUUCGCAGUUGCCGAGGAAGACUUCGAAAGAAAAAUACAUUACGAGGUUUUAUAUAAAACAUUUCCGGCGAUCCCAAUUCCGUUGGUGGCUCGUGGCGGCAGUAGCGGUAGUAGUUAUGUAAUAACGCGUUGGGGUUCGUAGGAGAUAUCAUUACCAUGAUGCCCAUGACGACGGGGCGUCAAUCUUUAAUGAGUAAAACUUCAAAAUAAUAGUGGAUAAUAAAUUAAUUAUGAUGCAGACAAUGAAAGAACGCCAGAAACGAAGCAAAUUUUAGGUGGUAGGCGAUAUCUAGAGACAUUCGUAUGCACACACAUACAUAUAUAAAAAAAAAUGUAUAAAACAAACAAACACAAGUGUCUCAUCACGUGUAUCAUCAUGCGUUAGGUCGAUUGCUCUUCUCGUUAAGGAAAAGGAGAAGGGUGGAGACGGUACGGGCGAUGAUGCACAGUCUUCUCGCAGAGAGUAGCAAUUAUCAAGAAUAACAACUUGAGCAGCAACAGCGGCAACACACGCACCCAAACGCACGCAUACAGGUUACGUAGAACGCGGUAGGAGAAAUGAGUGAGAGCGAACAGCUGCCGUCGACAAGACAGCUGCGGCAGUCAUACCUAGUAAUAGAUAGUAUUUAAGUAGUUGUGUGCUCUUAAUUUCGCUUUGUCAUCGCCACAGAUGAUAAGGAUAAUAGCUAUAGAAGUGGUAUAAGAGCACGAACUAUAUUCAAAAUGACAGGAUUGAUUGAUUAAAGCGAUUGCUAUUACUAUAGUUAUUGGGCGCUGAAUUGGAUUGAAUCUCUGUUGGAUUUUUUAUACGGUGGUCUUUGGUGGCUCAGCUUUCGGUUUAAUCAGCCAACAGUUUAUAUGUUUGGCAAUAUUCUUUACCUAUUUUCACGGUAUGAUGGUACGGGUACUCUUCUCGAAGACAACCGAGGUUUCAUAAUAAAUUCGAUUGAUAUAUACUGAUAAUUUCAGUGCAUAUAUCUGCGGUUACAUUAUGAUAGUCUAUAAGAAACAAGAUUAUCGCUAUGGCUAUUCAAAGCUUUGUGAUUCUUUUGUUUGAGUUUAGGAACAACCUCAUCACGGCACAACUCGCUUCCAUGACUUAGUGCAAUCUGCGUUAGUUGACACCAAAAAUAGUGCGAAUUAUUUCCCUCCGUCCGUCCACGACGAAAAAGCCAGAGCCCUUCCUCUGGGUCCAGAAUCAACGUGGUUAGACGAACGCGUUAUUCUGUUUAUGAUUUAAGGGACACCCUAUUGUUAACAAGGUAGUAGUCGAGUUAAUUAACUACUAUGCAAUAUUUAAUAACGCGUUUCUUAUCGGCUUAAAAUGUACUGACUAAUAGUUUCUUAAAUAUUUACAGGACUCGUAAAAUUUUUACUAGUUUGUAGAUUGGCUUAUAAAAUUUGUCAGUGGGGUUACUGUUCUACUUAUUAUUGAAUUGAUGAAGUGCCCAGCGAAGUGUGCGAGGUGCGGUCCACUAAGAGCUCACGACGCACAAAAACAUUUUAUUCGCAGUUUAUGGCGGCGUUCAUUACAACAAUAUGUCAAAGGAUGAUUGGUCGUGACGGUAAGCUAUUUAACCUAAAAAAACUAAUAAUAACGCAAGCAAAAGGAAAAAAUAACUAGAGCUAACCGUUUCCGUAUCUAGAGUACACAUGUCACUGUAAAUAAAAUUACAAAAGAAAACAUUUUUG